GCCUGCGUGCUGGCAGCGCCUCACCUCCUCCUUUGUUGCGUUCCUAUAAGGCCGUGUCCUUCAGUCUUACCCUAAGUUGCCGAAUGGUGCCUCCAUGAGUGGUUUGGACCUUGUCCGUCUUCCAAGUUCCUGGGGGAAAGUCGCAGCCAAGCUCUUGCACUAAUCCCAUUUGUGGAAAGAAAGGGGGUGUGCCUCAACACUUGUCUAUCUGCGAGCUUUAACUCCUACUUGGGAAGGGCCCUGGAGGGACUAGUGGCUUAAGGAACAAGUUAACAACCUGGAGUGUAUUUCCGAUUCGAAUUGGGGGUGGGGGGGGUCUUGCCUGCAAAACUAUGUAAGAUUGAGUUGGGGUCGACUAACAAGGAAUAAAGGUUUUCUCUAGCUGACUUUUUGGGGGUUUCAGGGUGAAAGAAAGGUAUCUGUCCACGCUUAAUUGUUAGUUGAUUACCUAACAAUUAGGCGUCAUGUGUAUCCCCAGCUAGCCCUCCAUGCACUGUAUGCUGUUGAGUCCCAGGGAUAUUACCUCCCCUCCCACCUUCUUGUUUUGUAUCUCUUAUUGUGCUCUGAACCAGUAUAUAAUGGGACUAGCCUACAACAACCUACGUUCGGAGGUGGAGGGUGGACCAUUGUAAGGACGCCUAUGAUGGUGCUGGACUGUGGCCUUUUAGGUUAGGCAACGACCUUCCCCUGGCAGUGGCUUCCACCGCUGACCUGGUACGCUGUAAGCUCAUGGAUGUGACUGGUGGCUUGGGCACUGAUGAACUUAGUCUGCUCUAUGGCAUGGCAUUGGUCAGGUAAGAUCUGCACGGGAUGGGAGAGGGGUGGGAGGCAGUUUUGGAGGGGGGAAUAUCAUGUGAUAAGUAAAGCUUAGCCUCAGGUGCUACCUCCCAGUCAGCAAAAAAACAAACAAACAAACAAAAAAAAACCCUGUGUGGGUAAGCCUGUGAAUGUCUGACUUGACAGAUUUUGGUACCCGCCUGUCAACACGCAUUCCUGUUUUUCUUCCUUUUCCCAAGAACCUCAUAUCAUCUGUUUUUCUUUCCCUCUCUUUCUUGGAAUGUGAGGUGGAGAUGGUUCAGACUAGGUAAUUUCUUUGGGUCUCUUCCAGCUUCGAUAGUCUGACUUUUUUCUUCUCCUUUACCUCUUCUCAUCCAGAGGAACUUUUCUGAAUAGUUCAAUGUUCUUGGCCCUGAUUUAAUGUUGACUUUCCAACCCUACUCCUGUCUACACCUCGCGCCACCCUUUUGCCCUUUUCUCCCCCAUGAACACUGAAAAGAUUGCUGAGUUUUGGAAAUGGAGACAUGGACUGGAGUUUCUGACUUACAAAGUGACUCAGAGUGUUUCUAGCUUUUUCCUACACAUCAGGGAAAAAGGCUAACAUUGAGUUUUCUCAUCUGUCAAAGCCUUUGCUCAUCUUGUCAUGUUCCCCUUGUCUGCCUUAAGGCCCCCCUUGGCUCUUCUUACCUUAUCCAUCUUCAGCUGUGCUACCCAUAUCAUUUGAUGUAGUCCUUUGUCCUAGCAGUUAUGUUCUAACAUAGUCAUGUUAUAUUAUGUCAUGAUUGUUUAUCCUAAACCAAACUCUUCAAGGCCAGAAUAGUGUCUUAUUCACCUGUAUGGCUCUAGUACUGGGUAAACUGUCAGUAAAUGUUGGAUUGAACUGUCCCUGCUGUGACUGAUAUCAACCAUAUGAAAGGACAGACAGUGGAAAGAUUGUGGAAAACGCAAGGUGACAGUAACUCAGCAAGGUGUUUUGAAGCCCCACUACUUGUGAGUAAAACAGUUACUUGGGCUGUGCCACUUAUUUCUUCCCCAACCCCAGGUUUGUGAAUCUUAUCUCAGAGAGGAAGACAAAGUUUGUCAAGCUCCCCCUCAAGUUCCUGGCUCAGGAGGUACGUAUGAUAAAGUGGCCUCACUCAAUUAUCUCUCCACAGGAGGGCUCAGUAAAUGGGAGCAUGGGGUAGAGUGGGCAUACAGUCAGACUAGUUCAUCCCGUCACUACCAGCCAAGCCUAGCAAGAACCCAAGAUCCUCACCUUCCAGCUCAAAGGAAGCAGAUUCACUCUCUUGCUCAUGACUGGUGUCUCAGUGGGCUUGGCCUGCCCAGCUUGCUUGGAGUGGCCCAGUGAAGCUGAGGAGCCUGAUCGUACCACUAGGUGGGGACAGGAAAGAAGUAGCAGUCACAGCGCUUGCCCUUAGGGAGCUGACGGUUGAGGAGACUGCUCAGCCAAGCAGCACAAAAAUGCCAGACAUUCCUGUCCUGAGUGAACAUUCCAGAUUGGAUUGUUGAACUUCGUCAUGAGUUGACCCACAAGAAAAUGCCCCAUAUAAAUGACUGCCGCAGAGGCUGCUACUUUGUCCUGGAUUGGCUUCAGAAGACCUAUUGGUGCCGCCAAUUGGAGAACAGCCUGAGAGAGUCCUGGGAGUUGGAGGAGGACAGGGAAGAAACAGAUGAAGAGGACCAAGAGGAAGAUAAGAACAUUGUUGUUGAUGACAUCACAGAACAGAGACCAGAGCCUAAGGAAGAUGUGAAAGGUGCAGAGCUGGAUGUCAGGGCUGAUGGAGAAAGCAAAGAGGUGGAUUCACAUCAGGAAAAGGCUCUGAGGCGUAAAGAGCUAUAUGAAAGAGUCCGAGAACUGCUGGUGUCUUACGAAGAGGAGCAGUUUAAGGUGCUGGAGGAAUUUAGGCAUUUACCUCAGGCCAUUAAGGUGUGGAAUAACUUGUCCCCACGUGUAGAAUGUAUCCUGGCAGAGCUCAAGAGCAUUACACGGGAGAACAGUGAUGCUGUGCUGGAUGCUUUUCUGGAUGAUGGCUUCCUCAUCCCCACAUUUGAGCAGUUGGCAGCCUUGCAGAUAGACUAUGAAGAUGGGCAGACUGAGGUCCAGAGAGGGGAAGGUACUGACCCAAAGUCACACAAAAACGUGGACUUGAAUGACAUCCUGGUGCCAAAGCCGUUCUCUCAAUUCUGGCAGCCUCUGCUUAGGGGCUUGCACUCCCAGACCUUCACGCAGGCCUUGUUGGAGAGGAUGCUGUCUGAGCUGCCAGCCUUGGGGGACAGCGGGAUCCGGCCUACCUACAUCCUCAACUGGAUCAUUGAACUGAUCGUGGCCAACACCAAGACUGGAAGAAAUGCCCGCCGCUUUUCUGCAAGCCAUUGGGAAGUGAGAAAGAGCUGGAGACUGUUCAGCUGCCCUGCCUCCCUUGACUGGCCCCGGGUGGUUGAGUCCUGCUUGGGCUCACCUUGCUGGGCCAGCCCCCAACUCCUUCAGCUCAUCUUCAUAGCCAUGGGGUCGGUCCUGCCAGAUGAGGACCAGGAGAAGCUGCUGCGCAUCUGCUCCAUUUAUACCCAGAGUGGAGAAAAUAGCCUGGUGCAGGAGGGCUCAGAGGCCUCCACCAUCGGGAAUUCUCCAUAUACACUGGACAGCCUGUAUUGGAGCCUAAAACCAGCUAGCUCCAGCUUUGAGUCUGAAGGAAAGGCCCAGGAGCAGGGUAGCCUUAAUCAUGACAAGGAAGAUGAGAAAAAUGAGAAAGAGGUCUUGGAAGAACAGGUGGAGGAAGAGGAAGAUGAUGACCAGGAGGAGGAUGAAGAAGAUGAUGAUGAAGAUGAUGAUGAGGAAGACAGAAUGGAAGUGGAGGCUUUCUCUCCAAGGGAAGAGUCCCCCACCGCUGAGAAUGCCAGGCUCCUGGCGCAGAAAAGAGGAGCUUUGCAGGGCUCUGUGUGGCAAGUUAGCUCAGAAGAUGUGCGAUGGGGCACAUUCCCCUUAGGCCGGAUGCCGAGUCAGACUGAGGACCCAGCGGAGCUUAUGCUGGAAAAUUACGACACCAUGUAUCUUUUGGAUCAGCCUGUGCUAGACCAGCGGCUGGAACCUCCGAUGUGCAAGACUGGCACCCUGGGCCUAAGCUGUGGCAUCGGCAGUGCCAACUACAGCAACAGCAGCAGCAACUUUGAGGGCUUUCUCUGGAGCCAAGGGCAGCUGCAUGGGCUCAAAACUGGCCUGCAGCUCUUCUGAUGUAAGCCCUGGUGCAAGUAUGCAUCCAACCCUGCCAGGGCAACAGCCCAUCCCCCAAUGUGCCUGAUGCUCCAUGAAACAACCUGGGAGACAGCCCGAAUCAUCUUUCCACUACAGUGGGAUUUUUAAUGUGUUUUGGGGUUUUCGUUUUGUUUUGAAAAACAAUAAACAGGCAAAUGUAGUUUUGGUGUUUGAGUGUUUGUGAGGUGAGGGGGUGUAUGCUGGGUCAGAUGAAUGUCAUUUUCCCUUCUUUAUUCUGGGGGCUCCAGAGAAGGUGGAAUCAUAACAGGGCUUCGACCGGGAGGUGGGUCCUGAGGCCCUUUGGGCCUACUGCCCGAUUGCUCCCACUGCCAGGCUCCACCUGUACCUUCUGCUUGAUUCCUCAGACCAUCUUUGCUCUCCUCAGCUCUAGCA